AUGGUGGGUAACAGCUCCCUCAUCAGUAGCGCCAUUAGCACCUCCGGUGCACCCAAUGGUAACGGCAGCAGUGGCAACAGUAGUAGCAACAGCAUCAUCACCGGUUCCAGUAUCGUCGUGCGCAACGGAAUUAGCUUCGGAAGCAAAAGCAUACUAAAUGUAAAUUCGAAGACUAGCAACAAUGUGGUGAACGUUGUAAAGGGGGUUCAUAUACGGCAACAGCAUUAUCCUAAUAAUCAGCAGCAGGCUAGCACUUCUGGUGUGGUAACAUCUGCUGUUGGCAGCACUAGUGCCGCGAGUUCGGUUUCCAGCCACCAUCAGUCCAUCGUAGGCGGAAUGAUCAAUCACAGUUCUUUGAUGUUUGCGACGACGACAACAACCACCAAUCACCAGCAGCAGCUGUCGGUCAUAUCGAACACAUCCCCAGUAGGCGACGGCGAAGUAGUAGCAAAGAAGCCAGUGGUUCUCAAUACAACCAAGAUCGAAACCGAGACCAGCAGCGGCAGCAGCAUCGUGGCCAGUACCACCAACACCACUACCAUCACCUCCACCUCCACCACCAGUGCGACCACAACGGACACUCCCACCGAUACGGAUCCGACGGGCGCUACGGAGGUGUCGCUGGAAACCAAAGAACCGAACCCGGACAAUGAGCCUCAAGAAGAGCAACCAGAGAUCGACAUCCUGAUCAACAACGUUGUCUGCUCGUUUAGCGUAAGGUGUCAUCUGAAUCUACAUGACAUCGCACGCCAGGGGAACAAUGUGGAGUUCCGGAGAGAGAACGGGAUGGUAACAAUGAAACUGCGCCGCCCGUGCACGACCGCCUCGAUUUGGUCAUCCGGAAAAAUCACUUGCACCGGUGCUACGUCAGAGCCUCAGGCAAAAAUAGCGGCACGACGCUACUCACGCUGCCUUCAGAAGUUAGGAUUUAAUGUUAGAUUUAGGAACUUUCGUAUCGUGAACGUACUCGGCACCUGCAGAAUGCCGUUCGGCAUCAUGAUUGUCAACUUCUCGGAGAAAUACAAAAAGGAUGCCAGUUACGAGCCGGAACUACAUCCAGGCGUUACCUACAAGCUGCAGACACCGAAAGCAACCCUGAAAAUAUUCUCAACGGGAAGCAUUACCGUCACCGCGGCAAGUGUGGCCUUUGUACAAGCGGCAAUCGAACAAAUAUUUCCGCUCGUUUAUGAAUUUCGUAAAAAACGAACCCCGGCGGAGAAGCUGGCAAUGGUGAAGCAAGCGCCACCGGACUUCGAUCCCCACGACGUCGAUCAUCUGAUAGAGGAGGACCGCGAAGGUGCAUUGGCAGAAGCGGAAGAUCUCACGUACUGGAACGGAACGUCCGACGAUCCAAUGCAGCCGGACGAGCAGGCAGAUAACCUCGAGACGUGCGAUGAAGAGGGUGAGAUCAGAAAUAACACCAAAGCAAUACACAAAAUCAAUAGUAUUAGGCAAAAUGGUAAGAAGCGUCGCCUGCGCCAGCUGCGCCCCUCCGGCCGGGUUGUGAAUGACGGGGACAGCAUGUCCGACGAUGAUCUGUGCGUCAGUGACUACGAAUAG